GUGGGCUUUUGAGCUGUGAGUUAGCUGUCCUUUAAUGCAUUAUUUCUUCUUCUUCUUCCCUUUCACACACAUCUCCAAAAUCACUUGGAAAAGCCCCAAACCCAAAAUCUCUAUGAGAUUUCAACCCAUUCUCUGCAAAAUCUUCUUGGGUGAGGAACAGAGAAAUUGGCAUUUGCUAAAUCAGAUUUCUCAUAUGAGAUGACGAGGAACAACACCCACUUCUAUUCUCUUCUCAUUGCCUUGUUCUUUCUUGCCACAAUUGUUUGCUUCUCUUCUGCUGCCUCUCAGCAGAAGAUCCCAACUCUCUCCUCCCAUGGACGCCGUCUCUCUGAUGCUGAAGCUUUGUUCAUCAAGAAGCGUCAGCUUCUUUAUUACAGAGAUGAAUUCGGCGAUAGAGGUGAGAGAGUCACUGUAGACCCAUCUAUGGUUUUUGAAAAUCCAAGACUUCGAAAUGCUUACAUAGCAUUGCAAGCUUGGAAACAAGCUAUUCACUCUGAUCCUUUGAAUAUCACUGCCAAUUGGGUCGGAUCUAAUGUCUGCGACUACACUGGGGUAUACUGUGCCUCAGCUCCCGAUAAUAAGACCAUCAAGACUGUCGCCGGCAUUGACCUCAACCACGGAGACAUCGCUGGCUUCUUGCCGGAGGAGCUGUCCUUGCUGGUGGAUCUUGCAUUGUUUCAUAUAAACUCUAACAGGUUUUGUGGAACUGUACCUCACAAGUUCAAAGAUUUGAGGCUGCUUUUUGAGCUGGAUCUUAGCAACAACAGAUUUGCUGGGAAAUUCCCUCAAGUUGUCCUCAAGCUACCGAUGCUGAAAUUUUUGGAUCUGAGGUUCAAUGAAUUUGAAGGGAGCGUACCGAAAGAGCUUUUCGAUAAAGAUUUAGAUGCAAUCUUCAUCAACCACAACAGGUUCGUCUUCGAUAUUCCUGACAAUUUGGGCAACUCACCAGUUUCUGUUAUCGUUUUGGCCAACAACAACUUCCAUGGCUGUGUGCCUUCAAGCUUAGGCAACAUGACAAAUCUUAAUGAAAUCAUCCUCAUGAAUAAUCAUCUCAAGUCGUGCUUGCCGCCGGAGAUUGGUUUGCUCAAGGAUCUCAAUGUUUUGGAUGUGAGCUUUAAUCAGUUGAUGGGUCCUUUGCCGGAGACUUUCGGAGGUAUGGUCGGGCUUGAGCAGCUCAAUGUGGCUCAUAACAUGCUCUCUGGGAGUAUUCCAUCGAGCAUAUGCAGGUUGUCCAAUUUGGAGAACUUCACCUUUUCUUAUAACUUCUUCACUGGAGAGCCGCCGGUGUGCUUGAACCUCAAGGACUUCGAUGACAGGACGAAUUGCUUGCCUGCUAGGCCCUUACAAAGAUCUGCGGCGCAAUGCAGGGCAUUUUUAUCUAAGCCUGUGGAUUGUAAUGCGUUUAGAUGUAAGCCUUUUGUUCCCUCUUUUCCUGCUCCUCCCCCGCCUUCUCCACCACCACCGGUUGUUAUUCCCCUUUCACCACCUCCUCCUGUGCUUUCACCUCCUCCUCCACCACCACCACCAGUUUACUCACCUCCUCCCCCACCACCAGUCUACUCACCACCUCCUCCUCCACCUUCCCCUCCACCACCUGUAUAUUCACCCCCUCCACCACCUCCUUCUCCACCACCACCUUCGCCACCUCCGCCACCCCCGCCAGUUUACUCUCCUCCCCCUCCUCCACCUUCCCCACCUCCUCCAUCUCCUCCCCCACCCUCACCUCCUCCUCCUUCUCCAUCUCCACCACCUCCAUCGCCUCCUCCUCCAUCUCCACCACCACCUUCACCACUGCCUCCUUGUGUGCGACCCCCGCCGCCUCCUCCACCAAAUUCACCUCCUCCUCCACCUCCAUUAUAUUCCCCACCACCGCCAAUUCCUUACUAUUACAGUUCUCCACCGCCACCUUCGCCGCCGCAUUAUUCACCUCCGCCCCCACAUUCACCACCUCCACCCCCUAUCUAUCCCUACUUGUCACCUCCACCACCACCUAUCUAUCCUCCACCUGCUCCAGUCUAUUCACCACCACCGCCAUCUCCAACCCCUUGUAUAGAGCCACCUCCACCCCCCCCUCCACCAUGUAUAGAGUAUUCGCCACCCCCACCAUCACCUCCUCCACCACCUCCACCAACACAUUACAAGCCACCACCAUCCCCAUCCCCACCUCCCCCACCACCUGUUUAUAAAUCGCCACCUCCGCCUCCACCUGUAACUUAUGCAUCUCCACCACCGCCAGUUCACCACCAUUCUCCACCACCACCCUCACCACCAAUUUACCAUUCUCCACCUCCACCCUCGCCGCCACCUCCAAUUCCAUGUGAAAAUCCACCUCCACCGCCACCUCCAGCCGUGCUCUAUGGAAGUCCACCUCCUCCAGCUCCAGUGUACGAGGGGCCAUUGCCACCGAUCACCGGUGUCUCGUACGCUUCACCUCCUCCACCACCCUACUAUUGAUUCUUUUGAGAAUUUACCUCCUCUAACCUUUCAUCAAACCGAGAAAAAAAAAAGGAUUUUUACAAAUUUGGCAUGAAGGCUUCUUCUCUAUGGGGAAUUCUCAUUUCUCGCAGAGGAAGGAUCCUAAGGAGAAGAUUUGAUAAAGGGUCUGCACAUUUUUUAUGAUUCAUCCUCCCCAAGAAAUGGUCUAUGGGGACGAGCAUUAUCGCAUUAUUGUUUAAGAAAUGCAGAGAACAAGAUAGAGAGGUAAGAGGAGAUAGUGUCUCCAUAUUUAUUCGGAUUGCUAUGAGAUAUUUGAGUAUCAAAAAUAAAUAAAAAAAAAAUUGGCAGAGAAAGAGUAGGUUUGCAGAGAAAGUUGUAUGUAUAGUCCAUAAUCAGAGCUAUGGCUGCUGCUGGUUUCGGGGUUUUAUUUUCUUUUUAAUAUACUUUUGUUCUUUUGCUUCUUUAUUUCUUUCUAAUUUUAUAGUAUAAUCUUGAACAUUUCAUUUGUAUUGAUUUGCAGAAUUCAGUCU